UUAGAGGUUAGUUUUUACGAACGAAGCGCUUCUGCAAUUUGUUUUCAACCUAUACCACGUUGGUUGUUAGUUACUCACUUAUAAAAAUGAGCAAAAGCUCCGUUAAAAAUAUUAAAGAAAUUUCUGAUCCACACGAAUAAGUAUUCAUUUGAAAUUCUAAAAAUUAACACAGCACAAAAUGUCGCAAGACAUUCUUAAUAUAUUAACCGGGCCUCAAAUGACAAAAGUUUGUGCACCUAUGGUUAGGUACAGCAAGUUACCAUUUCGAACGUUGGUAAGGAAGUAUGACUGUGAUAUUUGUUUUACACCAAUGAUCCUUGCCGACUCGUUUGUACAAUCAUCUAAGGCCAGAGAUAGUGAAUUCUCUACGAAUGAAGGUGACAGUCCAUUAAUUGUACAGUUUGCAGCCAAAGAAGUAGAUGAUUUUGUGGAAGCUACGGAAAUGGUUGCACCAUAUUCAAAUGGAGUGGAUUUAAAUUGUGGUUGUCCUCAACGAUGGGCUUUAAAGGAUGGUUAUGGCGCUGACCUACUAACUAAACCACAACUUGUGAAAGAAUUGGUUUCUAAUGUUAGGAAUCGAAUACCAAAACCAUUUACUGUCUCUGUGAAAAUACGUAUUCUUAAAGAUAUAAAAAAAACAAUUGAAUUCAGUCGAGCUAUAGAACAUGCUGGUGUAUCCUUUCUAACAGUGCAUGCUAGAACUCCAGAUAUGAGAAAUGAACCUAUAGAUCUGGAUAGUUUGAAACUAGUAAGAAGUUGUGUACAUUUACCAAUGAUAGCCAAUGGAAACGUAAGAUCUUUUGAAGAUGCAAAAACCUUGUACGAAGAAUCUAAAUGUAAUGGUGUAAUGGUUGCUGGUGGAAUCUUGACAAAUCCUGCUAUAUUUUCUGGGUACAAGAAUACUCCUGUUGAGUGUAUUCAAGACUGGCUUGAUAUAACGUCCACUAUGUCCACACAAUUUAUGUGUAUGCAUCACCAUCUAGUUUUCAUGCUAGAAAAAGUAUUAACCAAAAAAGAAAAGUUAGUGUUCAAUGUUCUUAAUAAUAAGAGUGACGUUUAUGACUUUCUUAAAGAGCGUUUUGAUAUACAACCGAGGACGUUUGAAAAAGAAUAUUCAGUAACCAAAUGUGAGUUUAAUGCAGUUCCAAGGAAAAACGUACAAAAGUCAAACUUUGAAGACGAGUGUAGUAUAAAUUUGGAAAAUCUUUUUAUACAGUGAUAGUAAAUGACUAGACAUUAUAAUCUUUAUAAGAUUAAUUCAGUAUUUUUGUAUGCAUAUAUUUUAUAAAUAUACUUGAAAUUUGUUCCAAUGUUUGAUGAUUGAAUGAUGAUUGAAUUAAAAACACACAGUUGUAUAAUAAUUAAAUGGAUUUAUUUUGAA